AUGUUUAAGGAGGUUAAGCCUGAAGUAACUGAUUUUAUCGAACAAAGUAGGAAGCAAAGAAAUGAGCGGCGCGAUGCUAAAGCUAGAGCGCUAUCAGCUGUAAUCAUUCAAAAAAACUGGAGAAGUUUCGUAGUUAGGAGAAAUGUCAUUCGAGGCUUCCGCUCGGAGUUUGACUUCAAGAUACUUGAAGGAAAUGGUGUCAAAUUGACUCAGUUGAUUCCUGCCACUGAACUUUUGAGGUAUGUAAAGUAUCUGAAGUUCCAUUAUAACUCGAAACUGGAUUAUGAACGUUUUCUAGUUCUUAUUCGAUAUAUAGUGAACUCUGUGGAUACCGGAGACUUUAAAGUUUCUUAUGUAUCUCUUGCGUUAAGGAAACCCACACUGGUUGAUUGGAUAAUUACAACGAAAUGGUUGUUCUCUACGGUUGUCGAACAUAUGGGUUCUUUAGAUCCAUCCAUUCCUAGUGAUUCCAAGGUCUUGAACAUAUUUCUGUCAUUCUUAUUAAUACAUACCAACUGUUGCCAAUGGUCGCUGAUACAAGAUGAAAAACUGAAGCCUGCGAUGAGCCGAUUGGCUACAACGUUUCUCCAGCAUCUUGUGCAAAAGAGUUUAUUUGAACAUUUGAAUGCUGUUUUGCAAAAGGGUUUGGCUAGACACACUCCUGCAUUAACAAAAGUAUCUUUGACUGGUAUAUUUACCAUUGCUAUGAGACCCUUGAUAUAUGAAAAGUUCCCUCAGAAGCUUGUUAUUUCAUUUACAAGAAAUAUCUUAACUGUACCUGGAUUUAUACUGCAUAUAAAUUCCAUGAUGAAUGAAGCGUAUGAUAUUAUAGUGAAUGAGAGAUUGUGCUCCAAAAUCAUCAUGACAUUAUACGAUAGUUCAGAAGAGUUCAAUAUUCUACUAUCUAAGCUAGAUGGAUCAUAUGUUUUAUGCUUGAUCGCAAAUCUUAUCCAACUCAGUCUGUUAGAAACUGAUAUCUUGGCCUCUCAUUGUACAGAAUUUUGUAUUGUUUUAUCCAAAUCUAUGCAUUAUUUGGGUACUUAUGUUGGUAGUAAAAAGUCUAAUCUUUGCAGUUGGCAUCCAAUUUUGGGGUGGUUCGCUCAAUCACUAGAUAAUUCCUUACAAUCAGCCAUGUCCUUUGUAACAAGUCAGUUAAGACUACUCUGGAAUGGUCGGAUGGUUCGUUUAUUAUUUGCCGAUCUGUAUGCGCAAGCUGAGCUAAACUUACCUGAGUUAAGUACAUCGGACGGCCGUUCAUCUAGCACAGGUCAUCAUUCUACGAAUACAACUUGUACAAGUCAACAUGGACCUGGUGCACCUUCUAAAGCAGAAAAACUUGCUGUGUUAGGGUUAUUGCCACCUAUUUCACGGAUGGGCGGAAGUAGAUCGGCUGGCUCUGAUAUUGAUGGUUAUGGGCAUCGUGUACGUCAUGGUCUUUCAAAUUUUCUACGUCAGAUAUCCAAUUCUUCAGCAUAUCGUGCUAGAUUUCGAAAUAAAAAAGAAAUAACUAAUAAUUACAUUCCAAAUCUUUCCACUGGACGUUCAGAUAGUCCUGGACCAAGUGAUUUACCGAAAUCCUUAAAAGCUGUGUGUAUGCUUUAUUGUUUUACUUCUGGAAGUUUGAAAGAAAUUAGAAGCGCUAUAUUGGCAGGUUUAUCAUUAGGUGAUUUAUUACCUCGUAUGUGGCGUUUAAUUUCUUGCUGUGGAUCUGUACGUGAUUGGGCUCAUGUGAUUAUGAAUUCACAAUCAGUUUACCAUUUAGAACCACAUGAAUCUCAUUUGAUGCAAAUAUUUGCAUCAGCUACAAGCAAUUUGUUGAGCAUAUUAGAUGAUGCCGAGUUAUUUGAAUUGAAAAAAUCGUUUACAAUUGACGAAUUAUGUUCAAUGGGUUCAUUUUUUAAUCAUUUAAUUUAUGAAUCAGUCAUUAUGGUACCAGAUCCAAAUCAACUUAAAUUAUGGAGUCCUUCAUCUACUGUUAUGCCUAAUUUAUUUACAAUUUGUUUACGUUUAUUAUCUGUAAUCUAUGAACGUGAUAGUAGACAUUUAUUUACACCACCGGAUUUUUGGUUAAUAUCAAAUCUCAAAGUUUCAGCUUUUCUAGCAGAUCUACGGAAACCGAAACCACACGCGACGUUUCUGCUCAAGCAUAUCCCGCAUAUCAUUCCGCACAAAGAACGUGUUAUUCUUUUUCGAGAUUUUGUACGCGAAGACAAAGCAUCACUGGGGAUACAUACUCGUACAAAUUGGCUUACAGAUGAUGGUCCAGUUGGUGCUGUCAUCACAGUUCAUAGAAAUCGUAUUGUUGAAGAUGGUUAUCAACAGUUGGCAAAUUUAACUUCGUCUCAGUUACGUAUGAAGAUACGUGUACAGUUUGUAAAUGAAAUGGGUUUAGAUGAAGUUGGUAUUGAUUUAGACGGUGUGUUUAAAGAAUUCUUAGAAGAAACUCUUCGUCGUGUAUUCGACCCUAGUUUAAAUUUAUUUCGUGUGACUAAUGACCAGCGUUUAUAUCCGUCACCUACUUCACAUUUACAAGAAAGUCAUUUACAGCUCUUCGAAUUUUUGGGUAAAAUGCUUGCCAAAGCUGUUUAUGAGUGUAUUGUUGUGGAUGUACCAUUUGCAAAUUUCUUUUUAACUCAAUUACUUGGUCGUGAAAAAGCUGGAUGUUACAGUUUUCUUGAUGAAUUAGCCACAUUAGAUAAAGAAUUAUACAAAAGUUUAAGUUAUAUUAAACAUUAUGAUGGAGAUGUUUCCGAUCUGGAAUUCACUUAUUCUUAUGCUGAAGAUUGUCUAGGUCAAGUGAUUAUACAUGAUCUCUGUCCUGGUGGCCGUCAAAUUUCUGUAACGAAUGAUGUCAAAAUAAGUUACGUUCAUAGCGUUGCUCACUUUCGAAUGUAUAAACAAAUUAGAGCACAGACUGCUUCUUUUAUACGGGGAUUUUAUUCUAUACUAAAUCCUGAUUGGUUGGCUAUGUUUUCUCCAUCAGAAUUACAAACACUUAUCUCAGGUGAUAGUAGUUCAAUGGAUAUUGAUGAUUUAAAACAACAUACACGUUAUUCGGGUGGAUUUCACAGUAAUCAUCGUGUAAUUCGGUGGUUAUGGGAUAUUCUAAGGCGUGAUUUUGACGAUAGAGAACGUAGUUUAUUUUUGAAGUUUGUCACCAGUUGUUCUAGGCCACCUCUUUUGGGGUUCUCUAAUCUUGAACCACCAUUUUGUAUACGUUGUGUACAUUAUACUAAUGAAGAUCAAGAUGUCGGUGAUACUCUAGGAUCAGUACUGAAAGGAUUUCUGGGGGUUGUUGGUCGCCGUGAAGAAGUAUCUCGCCUACCAACUGCGUCUACUUGUUUUAAUCUUUUAAAAUUACCUAAUUACUCGUCUCGUAGUGCAUUGAAAGAAAAGUUAAGAUAUGCCAUAAAUAGUCAUGCUGGAUUUGAACUAUCGUAG